CAGCCAGCCGUUGAGUGAAGCAAACGGCAAAAAAGUACGAGACUGAGAAAUGGCGGCGACAUUGGCAGCCCUGGGAACGCCGUUACCGUGGAUGACGAUGAGGAUGAGGACAAUUUCAGAGGCUGCCUCUCCGAUGACGAUGAUUUUCCGUCGAUCCUCUUGGCGGAGGAGUUUCUCAAUCUCCGCCACUGCGAACAAUGAAGGGCAAGUCCGCGUGCGCUUCGCUCCUUCGCCCACCGGAAACCUUCACGUUGGCGGAGCCAGAACCGCCCUCUUCAACUACCUGUUCGCCAGGUCCAAAGGUGGGAAAUUUGUUUUGAGAAUUGAAGACACUGACUUGGAGAGGUCCACUAGAGAGUCCGAGGAAGCCGUGUUGCGAGAUCUCUCUUGGCUUGGCCUUGAUUGGGAUGAAGGUCCUGGUGUUGGUGGAGACUAUGGUCCGUAUCGGCAAUCCGAAAGAAACUCAUUGUACAAGCAAUUUGCUGAGAAACUAUUGGAAUCUGGUCAUGUUUAUCGCUGCUUUUGUACUAACGAGGAACUGGAAAAGAUGAAGGUGAUUGCAAAAUUACAACAGUUGCCUCCAGUAUACACGGGAAAGUGGGCAACUGCAACCGAUGAAGAAGUACAAGAAGAGCUGACGAAGGGAACCCCUUAUACAUAUCGAUUUCGUGUGCCAAAGGAAGGGAGUUUGAAAAUCAAUGACCUUAUUCGAGGCGAAGUUAGUUGGAAUUUGGACACGCUUGGAGAUUUUGUAGUUAUGAGGAGCAAUGGACAACCUGUUUACAAUUUUUGUGUCACAGUUGAUGACGCUAGCAUGGCUAUAUCACACGUUAUAAGGGCAGAGGAACACUUACCAAACACUUUAAGGCAAGCACUCAUAUAUAAGGCUCUGGGAUUCUCCAUGCCUAACUUUGCACAUGUUUCCUUAAUUCUUGCACCUGAUCGAAGUAAACUGUCAAAACGCCAUGGUGCUACUUCCGUGGGUCAGUUCAAGGAGAUGGGGUAUCUACCCCAGGCAAUGGUGAACUAUUUGGCACUUCUAGGUUGGGGAGAUGGCACUGAAAAUGAAUUUUUCACCCUUGAGCAACUUGUUGAAAAAUUCUCGAUUGGUCGUGUUAACAAAGGCGGUGCUAUUUUUGAUUCUACUAAGUUAAGGUGGAUGAAUGGUCAGCAUUUAAGAGCUCUUCCAUCAGAGGAGUUGACCAAGGUUAUUGGUGAGCGCUGGAAAAGCACCGGUGUCCUCACAGAGUCAGAGGGGACUUUUAUCGAAGAGGCGGUUCAGCAGCUCAAGGACGGAAUCGAUCUGAUAACAGAUUCAGACAAAGCACUCUCAAACUUGCUAUCUUAUCCUUUACUUGCUACUUUAAAGAGUACUGAAGCUAAACCUGUCUUAGAAGAUAAGCUUUCUGAAUUUUCAGCCCAUCUUGUAGCUGCCUAUGAUAGUGGUGAACUCCUCGGUGCUCUUGAAGAAGGCCAUGCUGGCUGGCAGAAGUGGGUGAAGAACUUUGGCAAAUCGCUGAAGCGCAAGGGAAAAUCACUCUUCAUGCCUCUCCGAGUGUUGCUAACCGGCAAACUCCACGGUCCGGACAUGGGGGCUAGUGUGCUUUUACUGCAUAGGGCUGAAGCCCAUGGUAUUGUUGCUCCGGAAGCUGGGUUUGUGACAUUGAAUGAGAGGUUCAACAUGCUUAGGCAGCUUGACUGGGACACAUUAAUCAAUGAUCAGCCUCUUAUGGAGUCCGCUGCUACUAUAUCCAACUGAAAAUUCAGAGUUUUUGACGGGCUAUCAAGCAAACUAACUCUAUAUAUCAUAUAAGUGCUUUAGAAUUUUUGGCACCUUUGUCAAGAGCAGUUGAUUAGAUAAUGAAAGUUCGAUCUUUAUUUACCA